GACUACAUAUAAAUUCCAAGGAGCAAUCGAAGAAGUUGUGGUCUCAGUUCAACCCAAAAACACUUUCACACCUUCAUAUUAGUCCACCCCCACACACAACACACCUCUCUCAAUCUCCAUCUCCAUCUCCAUCUCGCGCUACCUUAACCCCAACCUCCUUCCUUCCAUGGCGGCGGGACUCUCAACCGCCUUAACCCCUAAACCUUUCCGUCUCAUCCAAUCUUCCUAUCUCCUCCCCCAGCACACUUCCUUAGCCUUCUCCCCCCUCAAUCUAUGCCCCCAGAGAACGAUUCUCCGAGCCCGCCCCAGAUUAUGUGUCACAGUUUGCGUGAUUAUGGGGGACAAGAAACAGAGUACGCAUAUGGAGAUUUCGGAUGAGGAAAUCCCCGAUAGUAAUGCCGACUCAGUACAGAUCUCGCCACGCCUGGUGGAGAAGCGUGCACGGAAGGAAUCGGAGAGGUUUACGUAUCUUGUUGCGGCUGUUAUGUCUACCUUUGGAAUUACUUCCAUGGCUGUUUUGGCUGUUUACUAUAGAUUUUACUGGCAAAUGGAGGGUAGAGAGAUUCCUUUGACUGAAAUGUUCGGUACAUUUGCUCUAUCCGUUGGUGCUGCGGUGGGUAUGGAGUUUUGGGCAAGAUGGGCUCACAAGGCUCUUUGGCACGCUUCCUUAUGGAACAUGCACGAGUCUCACCACCGACCUAGAGAAGGUCCAUUCGAGCUCAACGAUGUGUUCGCCAUAGUCAAUGCAGUCCCAGCCAUAGCUCUCCUCUCCUAUGGAUUCUUCCACAAAGGUCUAGUUCCAGGAUUAUGCUUCGGUGCAGGUCUUGGCAUUACGGUGUUUGGGAUGGCCUACAUGUUCGUCCACGAUGGUUUGGUCCACAGAAGAUUCCCAGUGGGUCCCAUUGCCAACGUUCCAUAUUUUAGAAAAGUGGCUGCCGCUCACAAGCUCCACCACUCGGACAAAUUCGAUGGUGUGCCUUAUGGGUUAUUUUUAGGACCAAAGGAACUUGAACAAGUUGGAGGUCUUGAAGAGCUUGAAAAGGAGAUCAAUAGAACAGCCAAAUCAUACAAGAAUUCAUGACUGAAUAUUUGAUAUGGAAUAUUUUAGAGCAAUUUUGACAUUGUGUCUUCAAAAAAAGAAAGGAAAAAAAAAAUGAAAUAGGCUAAAAGCUAAGCUUAAAGUUUUGUGUGGAUGUGUUGUUAGGUUCAUAUUCCCAUAAUGCUGUUCCUAAAGUCUUUUUAAAUAGAGAUGCAAAAGUGCAGUAUGUAUGGAUUUGUAUAUUACUUUAAAUGGGCCAAAAUUAUAAAAUUCCUUAGUUGAUUUGGUGUAA